AUGGACGUCCUCAGGCCAGGCCACGCUCACCGCUCCUCCAGCGACAGGCUCCUCAACAACUACCUGCAAAAAUCUCUAUCCACCUCCCUCCUCACCCUCCUCUCCCACUCCCACUCAUCCACAUCGUCCCUUCUCGCCUAUGUCACCUCCUCUCCCGGCGUCAUCCCCACCAUCCGCCGAUCAGUGCGCCAUGCCGCGUUUGAAGGGCCGCUGUCGUCUGGAAUGACCGAGGGCAGCCAGCUGGGAUCGGAAGGCGAGGGCGGCUGGGCGGCGUACAUAUCGAGCUUGGACCAGUUCCGGAAAGACCUCAAGCAGAUUCAUCUGCUGGAAGAAGAGAUCAGUCGGGUCAAGAGAGACAGGGAGAUCCUCGUGGGCAGGCUCAUCAAAGCGACAAAGGGUAGACCUACAAAGUCGGAUCUGUCUGCCCUUGCGACGACGUACAAUGCGCAGUUUGACGAUCCCCGGUCAUCGAGGGCGUCUGUCAUGUCGGACAGCUCAUCCAAUACCAAGGCGGGGAAGCGUGAGGGUAAGCUGGCGGAUGCGCAGGCAGAGUUGCUUGGGUGUGAAGAACAUUUGAGAGGGCUUGAAGUCCGGAUCGAAGCGGAAAGGAACAAGGUCAUGGCAAGGGGUCUGGAGCAGCGAUUCCGGGCCAUGGAGGUUGUUGGGAGGAUGUGGGUGCAGCAGGCGAAAAGGGGACUGUCCGAUCUUGACAGGAUGCAGGACCUUCCGCCAGAUGCGUUCGAGCUCGACUCCAACGGUUCCCUCGCUCCCUCUCAGUCUGCCUCUCAGGUAGCCUACGACGAUGUCCCAAGACCUCACCCCCUCGGCGGGGCGCCUUACCCCCGUCAUCUGCAGCCCGAAUUCGCAGGCAGCAUUGACGGAAGCAUCGCUGAAGAGAAUGAAGAUUCCUCUGAUGAGGACAUGGACGGACUUCAAGUGCACGAGAAUCAUCCUGGGCAACAACUCAGCCCUCGCGUGCCUCCCAAAGGACGCGAGCAAUCCCAUCCUUCCGGUGUCCCUUCCAUCAUUGACUAUUCGCCCAAGCUUGGAAAUCGCCGAGCUGCCUCCGACAUUGGCACUGGUGCUUACCGACCCACCCCUCCCCGUCAGUCACUGCUUCGUACAGUGUCCCAUGACCGCGGUACCUCUCGCCAGUCUCGUCGAGCCGGGUCAGAUACUAGCAGUAUCCGCGAACACAAGCCAAAGAAGAAGGGCUUCUUUACCUCUAUCAGGACUUGGUUCAAGGGAGGCAAGCACCAUGGGGAAAGGUCAAGCUCGCCCCCAUAUGGUAGCGGUGGCUCCAAGGCUGGGUGGCAGACCAGGACAGACGGCAACAUAAAGCGUGGCAGUACGCUACGUGGAAGCCGACCGGACGAGUCGUCUAGCGAUGAGAGCGAGGGUGGCAAUUUUGUGAGCGUGUCCAACAACCAAAACUCUACUUGGGCUGUGGACCAUAACCGCGGUGCGGGGUCCAAGGUGUCGCGUACAACCUCGAUGCCGCUUGCUACCGGCCUCAUACCUUCCAAACCCGCCAAGCCGACUCGCUCUGCUUCUCAGAGCACCAUUACUGCUAAGCCCCGACCCAAGUCGUCCUUGUCGAGAUCUGGUACUGUAAAGAGCGCUAUGUCGGACGCUACCGUCAAGUCUUCUGGUGGUACCAAAAGGAAGACGCGCCCUAACGGUUCUAUCGCCCGAUCUACCGUGUCCUCCAAUGGCCACCACAGUCAGGGUGCGGGAACAGCCGGCAGGAACAUCAUGUCCCUCGUCGACUCUUCCGGGCCUGUGAUGCCAGAGGUUCCCAAGGCGCCCAGGAGCGGCAGCAACCCCAACAUGCAUCUUCCCAGCGCCCCGGGAACAUCAAUCGUCACCGCCGAUGCCCGUGUGCCCACACCCAAGAAGGCUACGCCGAGCGCUGCUACUUCUGCGGGUCCGCCUACAUUAGGCAGGAGUGUCUCGCAAAAGAGCACCGCGAGUAAGAAGAAGAAGGUGGAGAGGGAAGGCGAAUCUGAAAAGGACGACAAGACGUGGCGGCCCACGACGCCGUUGCCACCUUCGCGGUUGCUUUCGCCUCCGCUCAAGUCUGCUCUUCGACCCACAUCGCCUAGCCCUUCGCCUCUGCCCCUUGCACUCCAGGAGCCGGUCAAGCCAAUGUACUCUAUCUCUGCGCCUGCGCCCAUUCCAUACGAGGAGGUCAAGCAGGAACAGGAGAGGGAGCAGUUGGAGAUUGAGGAAAAGGAGAGAGAGAAGAGGGCGCAGUUGCUGAAGCGCAACUCGUACGUUUCUGUGCAGAGCGAUGGUGCGUCCGUCUACGAGUCGGCCUACGAGGACGAAGAUCAAGGUACCAGGGGUUACGGCCCCGAAGACACCGACUCUUCUGAUGACGAGGAUGGAGAUUACCAAGUCUUCAAGAAUGAAAAGCACAUCAGGCGUGGAGAGAUGGCUUCUGGAGACCCCGACUAUGGCAAGCAGUAUGAUGAUGUAGGCAGCGACCUCACGGUCGGCGCCAGAAGUGAACACACCACCGUUGCACCUACUGCCCCCAGUCUCGCCCCUGCCCUCGAGCCCCCUACAGACACCCCGAGGCGUAGAAAGAGCGUCAGGAUGGCGGUGCCCGACUCGCCCGUGACAGAUAUCAUUCCAAGCAUCUCUCCUCCACCCACUGCUCCCGGUCCUGUAUUUGGGUCCCCUUCACCAAACUCCAACCAGAACCCUCAUCCUCUUUCACUGUCCGAGUCUCAGCCAGCCCAGGCUCCUCGCUCGCGUACGCCCUCUCCCGAACCCGAGCGCCUCGAGCAACAAUGGUCUACGAGAAUAGGCAGGAUGCGCGAGGACACGAGCGAUGAAGAAGAUGAUGUGCCAGACUAUGUGAAGGCGCGCAAGAAGCUGCAGCGGAACAGUGGAAAGUGGGAAGUAGAUGGCAAGGAGGAGAAGAAGGGGAAGGGCCUGAAGAAGAAGGGCAGUGUGAAGAGUAAGGGCAUCAAGAAGCUUGUGAAGGCUUGA